AUAAAUAAAUAUAAUUAAUUAGAUCCAAGAACAAUUGGAAUAGUGAAAUUAGAAACCAGGUAAAAAGGGAGUGAAAAGCUGAAAUCAACACAAACAACACAUGCUGCCUAUUACACUCAUACAAAAGUCUUUUAAAGUAAAUUCUUAUAUGCCCCAUACAUAAUAUAUUCCUCUACAAUAUUCAGCCGCCAUGAAAGCUUAUUAUCUAAACUACCCUUCUUUCAAACUUCUGAAAACUUGCUAGUUACCAGUUUUCUCAUUUUCUUCGAUCUUCUUCUCAUGAGUGGUUGAAUAAAUUUAAAAAAAAAAUGUUUGAUUGUUUGAAAUCGAACAAUAUCUUGACAAGUAGUAGUCUCAGUUUUACAUUGAUCAUCUUUGUUAUUAUCCUCACCGACAGUAUCUUUUCCAAUGUUUCACUCCACUCCUCUGUUUUUCAGCAACACCAAACUAACAAUACUAAUCACGAUCAAGUAUAUUGCUCCACAAGAUUCCAUUCCCGAGUCGAACAAUUUUCAAGAACCAACCAAUGCAAAGUGAAUUUCUUCAUGACUUGGAUUUCACCUGCGAAUUCGUUCGGCCAAAGGGAGUUCUUCGCACUGGAGAGCUUAUUCCAAACCAAUCCCGAAAGCUGUUUGAUUAUCAUAUCAACCACCAUGGAUUCCGAAGAGGGUUUCAAGAUUUUGGAACCCCUGAUUUCUCUUGGCUUUCGUGUUCAAUCAAUCUCCCCCGAUCUUUCGGAUUUACUCAAGAACACUCCAGCCGAGACUUGGUUAGUAGAAAUCAAGAACGGAAUCAAGAAUCCAGGGGAGAUUCCUCUGGCCCAGAAUUUGUCCAAUUUGAUCAGGCUUGCGGUUUUGUACAAAUACGGAGGCGUUUAUUUGGACAUGGAUUUCGUAGUGUUGAAAGAUUUUUCGGGUUUGAGGAAUUCGAUCGGUGCACAAAGCAUCGAUGCAAACGGAAAAUGGUCGAGAUUGAACAAUGCAGUUCUUGUUUUCGACAAGAAACACCCACUCAUUUACAAAUUCAUGGAGGAAUUUGCUUUAACUUUUGAUGGGAAUAUAUGGGGGCAUAAUGGUCCAUAUUUGGUGUCUAGAGUGGUUGAUAGGGUGGCUAAAACAAAAGAUUUCAACUUUACAGUCUUGCCCCCAAUGGCCUUCUAUCCCAUUGAUUGGACCCGUAUUUCUCGAUUCUUCGCCCGACCCAACGACCCGGCUACUGCAAAAUGGGUCGAGGCAAAGAUCCGUCACCUAAAUAGGUCUACGUAUGGGGUCCACUUGUGGAACAGAAAAAGCAGUAAAUUCAAGAUUGAAGAAGGAAGCAUUAUAUGGAGAUUGGUAUAUGAUCAUUGUCUUAUAUGCCACUUUAAUUUUUCAACUUCUUAAUCAAUAUAUAUACACACAUGUAAAUGUAAUAUGUCUAUAAAUGAAA